AUGUCUCAGCCUUUGUCCGUCAGUCAAACCUUCGACGCAUCCCUCGUCGACCUUCAAAAAUCCUUCUCAUCGACAGACACCAACACCUCAGGAGCCAGCGCCAAGGAGAACUUGACACCGACAAUGCACCAAGUCGGACGAUCACCCUCGCCUUAUUCAUCCGUGUCGACGGAGACGCUCUACAAUCAAUGGGCAACGACAUACGAUCACGAUGGCAAUGUCAUGCAAGCCAUCGAUGACACUCAGCUCCAUGAGCUGCUGCCUGCGUUCGUCCAAUUGGCUUCUCAGACAUCAGCGGCAUCAAAUGAUAGAUCUCAGAGCCUGAAAAUCCUGGAUCUAGGAUGUGGUACUGGCCGAAAUACUGUCAAAUUGCUGCAAUCAUCUUGGCACAGACCCGUAGACAUCUCUGGCUGGGACGGUAGCCAGGCGAUGCUCGAGGUCGCGCGCGCCAAAUGCGAAGCCGCUGUCGCCAACAGGCAGAAUGUCGGAAUCGAACUCGAGCAGGUCGAUAUUUCUCGCCUCGAGAACGUGCCGGCCCGAUUUGCCAACCAUUUCGAUGGCUUAAUCUCAACUCUCGUCCUCGAGCACAUCCCCAUUGAAAUCUUCUUUGGCAUUCUUGCCAAAGUCCUCAAACCCGGCGCGUAUGCUCUCGUCACCAACAUGCACGAGAACAUGGGGAAGCUGUCUCGGGCGGGAUAUAAGACGGCCUCGGGAGAGCGAGUCAAAGCCACAUCAUAUAUCUACUCAGUGCCAGAGACCUUGGAGGCGGCGGCGAGGGCUGGGCUUAGCGUGGUUGGGGAUCCGAAGGAAGCGGCGGUCGAUGAACAGAUGAUCGACGGUGGCACGGUCAGGGGAGUGAAGUUUGAGAAAGGCCAGGUUACGGAGAGGGCGAGGAAAUGGGUCGGAACGACGAUUUGGUAUGGGCUGCUGUUGCAGAAGAAGUGA